UGCGUGUUAAGAUGGGACGAAAGCUUAGCGUCAGCUAUCGUUCCCAAUGACGACGGUCUCCCCUCAUCGAAGCACAUGCCGCACCGAUCCGCGGCAUGGGGGAAACAACGCAAGUAGAAUCGAAAUGGCUGUGGCAUCGUUGUACUUUGCGCGCUUUAACCCCGUGUUCACAGUUCACGUUGGACUGUGAUAAUAUAUCCCGCGCAUAUUUACUCUGAACACCAAGGGCACUCACCACCAACUAUUUCGCCAUGCCUGGCGGGGAAAGCCCGUGGUGGCCUAGUCGGGCAAUCGCCUUUGUCCAAAGCUUCUUCCAGAAACCACUUAACCCUAACCUCCCCGCCCCUCCCCCAAAGUUAGCCGCCGAGCGUCCCAACCAGCAGACCAUACUCAAGCACCUGCCGGAAACAAAGUAUUUAGCUCAGACUCUACCUGAUGCUGUCGAAGAUGUUCCGCUGCCGUCGUUUGACCCGGGCGUUUUCGACAAUGAGAUCAUGAAGCAGAAGCUGUACCCAUCUGUCGACCCCCAGGACCCGUCUUCUGUGGGAGAGCCGGAGGGAAAUAUCGUGGAGGGAACCUACGUAGGGACGCAGGUAGCGCUGACCCAGGCUUACUCACGGAUAGAGCAGAGGUUCGCCUCGCUGUUCGACGUUCUUGGCAUUGAAACGACAUUACCGCGUCACCGUACCCUCCAGGAGCAGAGAGGUCUUUAUCAGUUCUCGGAAUACCCAAAAAAUGCUGAUGGAACCCCGACCCAGUAUCCGCCGCACAUCCAGCACGUGCCCGAAGACCAGUCCGUCAGCGUGUUUAGGGUCUUCAACAUUGCAGGCUUGAUCGAGACUAAAGUCCUCCUCCAGAAGAUUAUACCCGACGAGGAGGGUAUCCGUGGACGUACGAGAGAAUUCCUACUCGACAAGGCCCGCGCUGCGGCGUUCGGCGGCGACCCGGACGAGGGGGUCACGAUUCAGGAUGUUGUCGACUACAAUAAGUAUCACCGCAAAUUCGGUACGGAUAUUGACCACGGCGGAAACAUCGGGUUGCUAGAUGACUGGUUUAGCGACCGCCGGUUUGCAGACCAGCAAUUCACGGGCACCAACCCCACUACCAUCACGCGCGCCACCCCAGCGUGGAUCGCCGACUUUUGCGCGGCAGCACAAGCUGGAAACUACCGCCGAUGGACCACGGCUCUCACCAGGGCAGACCCAGAGUCUCUUUUCGUGCAGGAUGGAGGUUUCUUCCGGAGAGCCGUCGGCGUGUCGGACCCGGCUGAGACCCUUCACCAUAAGCAGCCAGGCAGCGAGGAGUGCUGGACCGUGGGCGCAGUCAGCCUCUUCCAGCUACACGAGAACGGAAAAUUGCAUCCCGUUGCUAUCUGCAUCGACUAUAGGGGAUCACUGGACAACUCCGUCACCAUCUUCAACAAUCGCAUGUCCCCCAGUGACUCAACCAGAAACGAGAAACAAGACUGGCCCUGGCGGUACGCGAAGACAUGCGCCCAGGCCACUGACUGGAUGCGCCAUGAGCUAGCAGUGCACCUCACGUGCUCACACUUCGUCGAGGAAGCCAUCAUCAUCGCGACGAACCGCUCCAUCCCCAUGGACCACCCCGUGUACCGGCUGCUCUACCCGCACUGGUACAAGACGCUGUCACUCAACGCUGCGGGGCGCUCGACGCUGGUGCCACAGAUCGCAGUCGACAUCAUGGGCAUCAGCCCCGACCAGGCCUACCACUUCCUUUGCCACGCGUACGACACGUACGACUUUGUCGGCAGCUACGUGCCCAACGACCUCAAGCUGCGCGGCUUCCCCAGCACGCAGAAGGGCCUCGCGCACCCGCGGUACCGCAACUACCCCUACGCCAAAAACGUGCUCGCCCUCUGGACCGCCCUCCACGCCUACACCAAAGCCAUGCUGCAUAUCGCCUACCCCACCGACGCCAGCGUAGCCGCGGACGAGGCGCUCCAGCAGUGGGCGACCGAGGUGCAAACAGCAGGGCACAUGCCGACCUUCCCAGCCCUCACCACGCUCGACUCGCUAGUCGACGCAACAACCAUGUGCAUCUUCAUCGCAUCCCCCUUCCACACGGCCAUCAACUACCUCCAAAACUUCUACCAAGCCUUCGUCGCCGCCAAACCACCAGCCCUAUGCACCGCACCACCCACAACCCUCGACCAACUGCGCGCCUACCGCGAGCGAGACCUCGUAGCGGCCUUACCCAUCAACCGGCAGCGGCAGUGGCUGCUGGCCGCGCAGGUGCCCUGGCUGCUGAGCUUCAAGGUCGAGCCCGACCGCAGCCUGCUCAACUACGCGGCCAGCCAGUGGCACGUGUACCGGUACAAGCGGGACGAGAAGGACAUGCGCGUCAAGGAGGCGAGUGCGAAGCUGUAUGCGGAUCUGAAAGGGCUGCAGAAGGUGUUUUAUCGGAAUAGUGUGGCGAUGGAUCGGGGGAGUAUCCCGUAUAUGGUGUUGGAUCCGGGGUUGACGGCGGUGUCGAUUCUUAUUUAGGGAGAGGGGAGGGGGUGGUGGUUUGGUGGAGGGUUCCUGUCGGUGGAUAUCUAGGAUAUUGAGAUGUACGGAUCUGUACAAGGUGUUGAAUGGCGUUGUCAUGCACUCUGCAGUGCAGAGUCUGCAAACACGAAGUCGACCGUUGCCCCCUUAUCGAAUCGCGGCACGCGGCCCCACUAAAACGAGUGCCCGACGGAAUCUGC